GAGCUAUGCAGCUAUAGAGGUGACGAGUGGUGGUGGCCAUCAAAUGCAUGCUUGAGCCUUGAGGACAUGCGGUACUGUAGCCUGUACGUGUAGAUACGUUGCUCUCUCUUUCUUUGUUCCACCUAGCUCUCGUGUACAGGCAUUUGGAAAAUUUGCGAGGCAUGGCGGCACCAGAAGACUGGCUGCGGCAGCAGCUUCUUGCUCUGUCCAAGCAGGGAGGCACUGCGCUGGAUGAGGAGAUGGUGCAUGGCCUUGUGGACUACUGUGCAAGGGCCAACGAGGAGGAUGCAGCAGAAUAUAUCACGAACAUAGUUGGGGAGCAGGCGCAAGGCAUCGUCGACAUCUACCGGGCCAAGCGAAGGUCAGCCGGCGGACCCUCUUCCUCUUUGGGGGGGCCAACCGCAGCAGCCAUUGGAGGGGGGGGUUCAGACCAAUCGCAGUCUGGCAGCAAUCUGCAAGCUUACAUCAAGCCAUCUUUGGAGUCAGGCGGGGUGAAAAAGGCGGGAAAGACUGUGAAAAAAGGACGGGGAACGGAGGAGUCCAAUGUAAGUAGUGGCGAUGCGGAAAGUGGGCCUCGGUUGGAAGCCCCGGGCGCGAGUGAGGGGCUGACGUCGCUAGGGAAGGUCGCCCGGAAGAAGAAAAACAAGGGGGGGCACGUGCGCGUAGAGGACGUGGCGGCCGGGCGGCUAUUGGUGGCAAACCGUAAGCUAUGCGACUGCCAGGCGCGGCGGCACCGGCUUAUUACCAAUUGCUUAUCGUGCGGGCGGAUCAUUUGCGAACAGGAGGGGGAGGGGCCGUGCAUGUUUUGCGGUACAAUGGUUUCGCUUCAGGGGGGUGAUUCGCCUCUGCUGCUACCCCCUCGGAUCGGAGAAACGGACGAGCAGCUGGCGAAGAAACUAGAAGCGGAGGAGAAAGCGCGCGCGUUCAAGGACCGGCUGGUGGAGUAUGAUAGGUCGUCGGCGCAGCGGACGGCGGUAAUCGAUGAUCAGAGCGACUUUUUCCACAUGGAUAUUGAUGGGGAUUCGUGGAUGUCGGAAGAGGAGAAGACAAAGUUGCGGGCCCAAAAGGCGCUGGCCGCUCAUGCAGAGAGGGAGAAGCGGAGCCGAGUGCAGGUCACGUUUGAUCUCGUGGGACGAAAGGUGAUACUGGCCGGGGAUGACGUGGAUGAGGCCGGUCCGGCCGCAAACGGUGCAAGCACCCCCCCGGAAAGUUCCGAAAGCGCAGGCCCCAACCCCUUGUCCCGUAUCAUGCCGAACCCCAUGCUCAAGGGACCCCCUCCAAUUUUUGUCAACUCUGCCGUUCAAAGCGGAAAGGGCUCGGGAAGCAAGCCCGGAGCAGAUCCUUCUUCGGGGGGGUCGAGGGGGGGUACUCCAGGGGCUGCGGGCCGCGCAGUGAUACACCCCCCCGGAGAGAAGGGAUCCCUUCUGGGCGUCAAGAAGGGCAGCGGCGGGAUCGAAAGAGUGCAGCACGAUAGUUCGUAUUUCGGGGCCAUCGAGCCGCAGCUUUUGGGGGGCUUGGCGGCGGACGGCGAAGGGGGCGAAAAUUCGGACGCCGGCGUCAGGGCCGAGCAAGAGAUGUCCGAGACAGUACGGCUGUCCGGACGGGACAUCGACGUCGAAGAGUUCGGUAGUGAGCCUGCGUGCGGCUCCAGUAUACAGCAGUUUGGGGCCCCGGUUGGGAAGUCGGUCCUAUAGGUUAUGCCAGUGGCGGACCGUGACAGCAGGACCCGGAGGAGCGCAAAGCGGCUCAUCUUAACACGCACUCACACAUGGGCUGCAACGAAUUCUGCAUUGAUCACAUGGACAUGACUACACUGGACCACGUGCAUCGCGCCUCAAGAGCUUCCGACUUCGCAACUCUUACCAUUGACUGCUUACUCAUAGAAGUUGGAGCUGGAUGCCUGAGAACGCGCGAGGCGGCCAACCACUGGGCACUCAUUCUGCUAGCAAUGUCUGAUGGACUCGGACUCAUCGAUAUUAUCCUGAGACCGUUGAAAGACUGGG